UACUUUAAAUGCCCAAAACAUAUUGUCUUGACGCGAAUAGUGGAUUACUCUAAAUAACCUAUUCCUAUAAACCAUUGGUGCAUAAUGGCGAACACCGACAAUCACGUUAUUAUCGUAGGAGCUGGGGCUACCGGCCUUUUGAUUGCACAGGGAUUGAAAAAGGCAGGAAUUCGAGCUACUGUGUACGAGCGGUACACGCGUGAGGAAUAUGAAGAGCGAUCUGGAGAUUGGACUGUGGCCCUGCACUGGUCGAUCCCAUAUAUAGAAGCUUGUCUUCCACCAGAGCUUUUCGCAAAGCUUAAAUCCGCCGAGACAAAUCGCUGGGAAGAGCAUGAUCCGCAUGUGGCGAAUAACAUCCCUCUUGUCAAUGGGCGCACGGGCGAGAUUAUGGCCAAAAUGCCUAUGCCCAGCGCAAGGCGGGUUGUGAGAGGCAAACUCCGAGAUCUACUCAAGACAGAAAUCGAUAUUCAGUAUGGCUCGACAUUGACGGAUAUUCAAAUUGAUCAUCCCGAAACCAAGAACAGUGUUACUGCCCUAUUUAAUGGAGGAGAUGUAGUUGCCAAGGGAAACAUGCUUAUUGGAGCAGAUGGAGCGAGAAGUCCAACCCGGAGUUUCCUCGUCGACCAAGAUACCGGAAAGCUAGACACUGCUAAGGUUAUGAUAUUGAAUGCAUUUCCUAAGUUUACCAGAGAACAAGCGCUCUUUAUCCGUCAAAAAAGCCAUCCUAUUGCACUGCUCAGCCCACAUCCCUACCAAAAGACAUUACUAUUUGCAACAAUGGUCGAUGUUGUAGACCCAGAAAAGCCAGAGACUUGGGUUUUUCAGUUCUCACUGUCUAUUUACACCGAUGAGGUUCCACCCACCGAUGAGAAAGAAAGAAGACAUCUUUUUAAAGCUUAUCUUUCCACUUACUGUGAGCCAUAUAGGUCCGUGUCCCAAUGGCUAGUGGAUGAUAUAAAAGUUAGCGGGGACAAGUUCCAUUAUUGGGGAAAUAUAACGCCUUGGAACAACCAUGGUGGAAAGAUAAGCAUUGCAGGGGAUGCAGCCCAUCCAAUGCUUCCAUUCCGUGCUCAAGGUCUCAAUAACGCAAUGGAGGAUGCCAAACUCUAUGUGGACGCCAUCAAGACUUUCGUAUAUGACGGCAAGGAUCUGAAAUCUUGCAUUGAUGACUAUGACAAGUCGAGUUACUCGCGUGGAAAACUGGACAUUAAUCUGUCUGUUGAUCAGAUGCAUGCAUAUGGAGAUUGGGAUGCAGUCAUGAACGGGCCCCUACUGCGAGGAGGGGGUUACGGGAAAAGCCAUUAGACUGAUAAUAGAUAUGUGAGCUAAGGUUGAACAACAUUUGAAACUGCACUCAACAAGUAAAGUGAAACCUGCUACUUUUUUGGAGUAGAUUUCAGUGUUAAAGCCAAAACUAAACACUGAGGACUUUCAUACC